CUAAAGUCCAAAUGCAGUUGAAGAAAAUGUCUCGGCUUAAAAGCAUUACGUUCUGGACUGUGACAUUGUUCCUUCUUGAUAUAGAAAUGUGUCUUGGGAUCGUCAGGGAUGUCCGUACAGUGGGCCGUAAUGGUACUUUGAGAUAUGAGCCCAAGGAAUUGACCCUAGAACAGAUGCAACUGAUUUCCGAUCUCUAUGACGUUGGAGACCUAAAAAAAACAGUUCGGAAAAUUUCGAUUGAAAGAGUUCCUGGAUCCCCAGGACAUUCAAAAGUGCGAGACUAUAUAAGAGAUUCUCUGGUUGAUCUGCGCUGGAAAGUAGAGUUCGACAUAUUUACGGAAGAAGUACCGAUCCUUGGGUCCGUCACAUUUCACAAUAUAAUUGCACGACAUAAUCCCCAUGCCAAAAGGAUUCUGAUGCUGGGCUGUCACUACGAUAGCAAGUACUUCAAGGAAUUUAAGUUUGAAGGCGCCACGGAUUCGGCGGUGUCAUGUGCCCUGCUGCUCAAUAUGGCCAGAGCGUUACACGGGGAAAUCCUGCGCAAUGAGAUCGGUCUGAUGUUAGUGUUCUUUGAUGGAGAGGAGGCUAUCCAGAAAUGGUCGAAUAAGGAUUCGCUCUAUGGCGCCCGUCACUUGGCAGAAGUGUGGGAAAAGGAGGGCAUCCUGGAUCGCAUCGAUCUCUUCCUGCUCCUCGACUUAAUCGGGGCCAAGGACCUGACCUUCAAUAGUUUAAUUCCAAGGACUCACAACUGGUUCCAACGACUCGUCCAGCUGGAGGAUCAAUUGAUCAAGACGGGAAUCCUGAAAACGAAUCGUACUAUUUUCAAGUUUAUCACCGGAUCGGAUCCCAAGGACGAUCAUAUUCCAUUUGCCAAACGACAGGUUCCGGUGAUCCAUUUAAUAGCCGCCGACUAUCCGGCGUUUUGGCAUUUGCCCGAGGACGUGGAGGAGAAUGUCGACUACAAUACCACGGAGCAAGUGGGUCUUGUCCUCAAAAUGUUCGUUAUGGAAUAUCUUCUGUCGGCACCAACUUUUAAGCCACAUUAUGUAUCCUCCAACAGCAAUGGAGCCGAUGUACUGAAAAAUUAUCUUCCCCUUCUGUUGGGCAUCUGUGGUUUGAUUUUGGUUUUAAUAUACCGAAAGUUAAAUAUGUAUAGAAAGUAAUAUUUAAUUAUAGUUAGAUAUAGAAGAUAAGUAUGCAUACAUUUUUUAUUUAAAUCCUC